AUGUGUAUCUCUCAUUGCCUGACCGAUGGUUUUACAGCGACGGAGGUUGUGAACUCAUGGGCCGAGAUUGCUAGAGGACUGCCAAUUUCAGUGCUUCCUAGUUUAGAUAAGAGCUCUCUUCUACCACGUAAUCCUCCGAAGGUUGAGUUCCCUCAUCCGGAGUUUACAAAUAUAGAGAACAAGUCAUCAUCAUCUAACUCAAAUGACUUCUCCAAAGAGAACAUGGUGUGUAGGGUUUUUCAUUUUAACUGUGAAUCGAUAAAGAAACUAAAAUCAAAGGCUAUGGAAGAUGCAGUUAUCUCCAAGUGCUCCACUUUCGAAUGCCUUACAGCUUUCAUUUGGAUAGCUCGAAGCAAGGCGUUGAACAUGGUUGCCGAUCAGGAAACCAAACUCAUGGUACCUGUGAAUGUGAGGGAGAAAAUGGAUCCGCCAUUGCCUAAAGGGCACUUGGGGAAUGGAAUUGCAGUGGCUUGCACCAUCAGCAAAGCUAAGGAUUUGAACAAUGAGUCAUUUUCAACAACAGUGGGGUUGGUUCAAGAUGCAAUCAAGAUGGUUACAGAUGCUAGUGUUAGAUCUUCGAUUGAUUAUCAUGAUCUGCAUAGAAGUGUGCAUUCUUUUGGACAUACUAUUCUUGCGACAACCUGGUCCAGGAUUCCCUUUGGCACCACUGAUUUUGGGUGGGGAGACGCUAUUUUUAUGGCACCAGUAGCGUUGCCUAUUGAUGAGAUGGUGAUAUUUUUUCCCGGCAAUGGGAAAGAGCACUAUGGAGAUAUGAUUGUUUAUAUAGCUUUACCAGAAUCGACAAUGAAGACCUUUCAAAACCUUGUGAUGAUGUAG